AAUGUAGCUGAAAUAGGAAGUAGGGUACGUCAAAACGCCGUAUGAGAGAGUUUAACAGCACUCGGACGUUUUAAACUCAGACACUUAAAAAGAAAGAGAAAUGCUCGGACCUGGCUGUUAGGUUGACGGGACUCUCCGUGGACAGGGACAUGGCUUUGCUGCCUUCGAGGUCCUCGGUGUGGUGGCUUCUUCUUGCUGUUAUUGUGACAGCUCACAAAAGUGAAGCUGCAGGGAAAGUGAAACUGAUCGAAGACCGGGCGGCCUGUGAGUCCCUCGACAACGCGAUAAGCUUGAGGUCCAGUAAAGACUCCUCGCCAGACGGGCCGGAACCAGGAGACCCCGCGUCCGCGUUUACUGUCCUGACUCUGGAUGGGGAGGUCUCCUACCGUCCCGGUGCUCAGCGCGGACCUCUCAUCAUCCACGCCUUCUCCAACAAGUCAGGGUUUCUGGAGUGCAUGUGGAGCUCGGAGUCGUCCCUGACCAGCCUGGUGGAGGAGCUGCCCAACAGUACCCAGGUGCUCUUUCUGUCCCUGGACGACUCUGCGCUCAGUGAUGCUCUGUGGAUGAGGGACCAGCUGCAUCGGGUCGCCCGCGACAGAAAUAAGGAGGUUCUGUCCAGGCUCCACUUCUCUCCUGUGCCGGUCUUCGCUCUGGGGAACUGGAUACCCAAUGUGCUUUACUACUGGCGCUGCAGGGCGCUCGGCUGCGUCUUCUCCCAGGCCGUUUUCAAAUCCAAGGGGUGGAACAUGCCAAUAAUCAUCAAGAGACUAGACGCCAGGUAUGAUUGGCUGAUGACGCGCUGGGAUCACAAGUCGUAUCAUCUGAUGGAUGCAGGUGAUGGGUGCGAACCUUUGCCCUCGGUGACGGGUGCUGUGGCCUGGGUGUCUGAGGGCAACUGCUCUUUCUUCACCAAGGUGCAGAACAUGGCCAAAUUCAACGCCUCCGGUGUCCUUGUCUACGCUUUCCCCGGUAACCCAAUCCAGGACAUGAACUGUGACGGGGAUGAGUGCGACACAAAGUUGGAAAUCCCCGCUGCCAUGGUGCAUCUGGAGGGGUCGGUCGUUCACGCACUCCAGUUGGGACAUAAGGUGUAUGUCUCUUUCCAGCACACCCCGUCCCCAAACUUCUUCAUCAGUAUCGACCAUCAGGGGGCGCUGGCUGAGAUUGGCUGGCUUAUUUACCCCUCGUUUAGCUUCAUCAACUGGCAGGCACAGUGGUUUGAUUUCUAUGCGGAUCUGCAGACCAAACUUCAAAGUCCUGCAAAGGUUGUUUCUGUUUUUGACAAAGUCCAAAUGCAGGGGGAGAAAGGAGCGGUGGCCACGGUCGACCUGCCUUUAGCCCUGUCAGCCUUCAACAUGCUGGAGCUGGAUGCGUCCCUGUCGUGUCCUGGCAGGAGAGACUCCUCCUGCGCUCACUGGGAUCACACUGUUCAGCUGUUUGUCUGCUGCGAUCCUCUCGGUUCAUACUGCAACACUGAGCUGGGCCGGUGGAUCACGGCCUUCCGCAGAGGUACAGGGCGCUGGCUGACGGACGUGUCCCCUCUGAUGCCUCUGCUGGACAGCAACAAAUGCACCCUCACCAUGAAGACGGUCCCCUGGGCGAUGCCGUGGAUCGUCUCCCUUAACCUGAGAUUCAGUGUCCGCAACCAGACAGAUUAUAGUGUAGAGAAGCUCCACCCUUUCAAAUUGAUGUUCCUGUACAGCGGGGGAACUUUCAACAAAAACUACAACAAGAGAUACCAGCCAAUUAAAGUCUCCGUCCCGGCAUCCACCAAAAAGGUGGAGCUGUACGCCGUCAUCACAGCUCACGGCUACGAUGACAAAAGAUGCGGAGAAUUUUGCAUCACCUCCCACUACUUCUUGAUCAACGAAGUUUUCAACAACACACUCACAUUUGAUUCUGCAGGAACCCCUUUGGGCUGCACCCUGCGGGUGAAAAAUGGAGCGGUACCAAACGAAGCCGGCACGUGGCUGUACGGGCGCGGAGGCUGGUGUGAUGGACUACAGGUCGACCCCUGGAGGACCGAUAUCACCAAACAGCUGAACAUGAGCCAGUUUGAAUCCAACACUGUCAUCUACUUCGGCUUGUUCGAGGGAAAGGAUCCUAAUCCAUCCAGGGACCCUGGAUACAUCAUCAUGUCUUCUUUUCUAGUCUUUUACAAAUAAUGCCACUCUUUUAAACUCAAAAUU